UGUUUUUCGGCACAGUCAAUCUUCUCACCAAAAGAAUAAGAUGGCUGCAAAACUUCGAUUAAGUUUGGUGCUAGUUGUGCUGAUGAUGGCAGUACUUGUUCAGUCCCAAGGACGACCAGGCGGAGGUAGAGGUGGUCCUGGAGGAACAGGUAGAGGUGGUCCUGGGGGACCAGGCAGAGGUGGUCCUGGAGGACCAGGCAGAGGUGGUCCUGGGGGACCAGGUAGAGGUGGCCCUGGGGGACCAGGUAGAGGUGGUCCGGGGGGACCAGGUAGAGACGGAGAUGGACCUGGCAGACCAGGUGAAGGUGGACCGGGGAGACCAAGCAGACCAGGUGGACCAGGUAUGGGUAGACCAGGAAUGGGUGGACCAGGUAUGGGUGGACCAGGUAAAGGUAGACCAGGUAAUGGUGGACCUGGGGGACAACGACCUGGAGGACAUGGUGGCGGAAAACCUCCAUGUGGAAAUGGUCCAAACAGAAGAACUACAACUGUUGCACCAACAACUUCAACAAUGGCCCCAACCACUGUAGUUCAAACAACACCAACAACUACAACGUCAACGACACAAGCCCCAACCACAACAACAACUACUACAACAACACAGGCCCCAACCACACCAACAACUACAACAACAUCUUCAACAACAACAGAAGCUCCUACAACAACAUCAACAACAACUACAACACAAGCUCCUACAACAACAUCAACUACAACAACAACAGAAGCUCCAACAACAACAUCAACUACAACAACAACAGAAGCUCCUACAACAACAUCAACUACAACAGAAGCUCCUACAACAACAUCAACAACUACUACAACUACAACAGAAGCUCCUACAACAACAACAGAAGCUCCUACAACAACAACAACUUCAUCAACAUCAACUGAAGCUUCUACUACAACAUCAAAUCCUCUUAUAUCAGUGGAUAUAUAAUAAACAAGUUAAGCUCAUUGGUGAAAUAAAUGAAUACAAAAUAAAUGUUUGCAACGUUA